UGGAGUUCAGUUGACGGUUUGAUUUCGUAUCGCUACCAACGGAAUCGAAGAAGGUGUCUCUAGGUGUCUCUCGAUAUUUCGAUAUCGUGUGUCGUGGUUAAACAAAAAUAAAAAUACAAAAAAAAAACGAGAGUGCUCUGUGUGCUGUGUUUGUAAUCGAUCGCACAUUCCUGUGUGACAUUUGUAUCUACAAGAUACAAAAUCAAGAAAAAAGAUACAUCAAAUUCCUCCUCCCCUUUCCGCACCGUGUGCCUGUGAUUCGUUGCAGAUAAAAUAACACUAGAUUUUUGUCAUAAUUUUGCAAGCAAAAUGGUGCGUUUAUCUGUUGGAUUAGCUUUCUUAGCAUUAAAUAUUUUCUGCAUCAGUGUAACUGUAAAUGCACAAGCAAAAGAAAAGGACGAAUUUACCUGCCCACAACAAACUGGAAACGGAAACUUCGCGGAUCCUGCUUCAUGCCGUAGAUUCUAUCAGUGUGUAGAUGGUUUUCCAUACAUGAACCGAUGCCCGUCAGGAUUAUACUUUGAUGAUAUAAACAAAUUUUGUAAUUUCAAGGAUGAAGCAACUUGCGGACCACUGCCAACUAACAUAGCUGUUGCACCCAAAACAGAUGCCCCUGUAGACUUGGCCCAGAGGUGUGAUCCAGCUCAAUGUGAAUUGCCAUAUUGUUUCUGUUCCAAGGAUGGUACUCUUAUUCCUGGCGAUCUCGAACUGGACAAGAUUCCCCAAAUGAUUCUGCUUACAUUCGACGGUGCGGUAAAUUUGAAUAACUAUGAACAUUACAAAAAGAUUUUCGACAAAAAAAGGAAGAAUCCAAAUGGAUGCGAAAUUAAGGGAACAUUCUUUAUUUCCCAUGAAUACAGCAACUACCAGCAGAUCCAGACCUUGGCCUACGAAGGACACGAAAUCGCUACCGAAACAAUUUCCCUACAAAACGGUCUACAGGACAAAGGCUACGAGGAAUGGGUUGGCGAGAUGAUCGGAAUGCGAGAAAUUUUGAGAUUCUUUGCGAAUGUUUCAGUGAGUGAAGUUGUUGGUAUGAGGGCACCAUUUUUGAAACCCGGCAGGAAUACCCAAUACAAGGUUAUCGAGGACUUUGGCUACAUCUAUGACAGUUCAGUGACAGUUCCGCCAGUAAAUGUUCCAGUUUGGCCAUACACCUUGGACUUUAAAAUCUCACAUGAAUGCAAGAGUGGUACUUGCCCGACAAGGCAAUUCCCUGGAGUAUGGGAAGUGCCAUUAAAUACCCAUUAUGUUGAGGGCUAUGAGGGUGGUCAUUGUCCUUACUUGGAUCAAUGUGUCUUGCAUAGUCUGGAUGAGAAUGAAGUCGUUGAAUGGCUGCAGGAGGACUUCUCUCGUUAUUACGAACAGAACAAAGCCCCUUACAUGAUGCCCUUCCACACCAACUGGUUCCAGACCAAACAGUUGGAACUUGGAUUACAUAAGUUCCUCGAUUGGGCUUUAACUCUGCCCGACGUGUACAUUGUUACUGUCACUCAAGCACUCACCUGGAUCACCGACCCCAAGGAAUUGAGCCGCCUUAGCACUAUUGAAUCAUGGGACUGCCAAAAACGUGUGCCCAGCGCACCAAAACCCUGCAACCUCUCAAACUACUGCGGACUCAGUUUUAAGAAUCCCGAGAAAAAUAUCUCAGACACUCGCUACAUGGAAACAUGCCGAGAGUGUCCCAACACCUAUCCAUGGCUGGGUGAUGCCGAAGGAACUGGUAUUGUCGGUCGGGAUAACUACGUUUAUACGGGAACUAGUCAAGGAGAUGCCCAACCUGAGAAUAGGAAAUAGAAGUGGGGAUGAAGAGUGCUUUAAGUUUCUUUGUUUUUUAACACCACCUACAAUCAGUUACAUAACCAUCGAUGAAUAAGAAUGAAGUGUAGUUUGUCAUCGGUGGUGGAGUCAGAAAAAUGUUAAGUUCAUUUUUAUAAAAUUUUGACUACCUACUACCCAAUAUGAUCCAAAAUUUCCUUAAUCCUUAUCCAAUCCUCUGAUUCCUUUCCUCUCUUUGAUUUUUUGUUUAGUUUUAUCCUCUUUUUUUGUGUACGUUAUAAAUGAUUAUUUUUUUCUGUCCAAAUGUUUAGUUAUUAAGAGGAAAUAAUUUGUCAUUAGAUUUAUAAUGUUUGUAUAAUGUAGUCUUAUUUGUUUGUUUCUUUAUACCUUUUAUAAUAAAUAAAUGAGAUUAUAGUUUUCAGGA